AUGGAGGACCUGGAAAAUAAUACCACCGUCUUCUCCACCCUGAGAUCCCUCAACAACUUUAUUUCACAGCGUAUGGAGGGAGUGUCUGGAGUGGCUACACCGGGAUCGUCUCAAAGCUCCUUACAGAUCCAGUACCAGCAGAGGGUGCAGUUGGAAGAACAAGCUGGGCAGAUCCACUCCAAAUCCCAGCUCCUGCAGGUGGAGCGAGAGAAGAUGCAGAUGGAGCUCAGCCACAAACGAGCUCGCAUUGAACUAGAGAAGGCAGCUAAUACCAAUGCCAGAAACUAUGAGCGAGAGGCUGACCGUAACCAGGAGCUGCUCACACGCAUAAAGCAAUACCAGGAAAGGGAAACAGAAGCUGAAAAUAAACUGAAAGAACAAAUGGAGAUGAACAAAUCGUAUAAGAGGAGCAUGGAGACAAUGAGUAAGAAGCUGCAAGAGAAGGAGAGCAAAUUAGCUGAAGCUAAUGAAACAAUCACCAUAUUAAAAGGGAAAAUAUCAGAGCUGCAAUGGAAUAUAAUGAAUCAAGAGAUGCAGAUGACAAGCCAAGACUCUCAGAAGCAGGAGCUGAUGGAACAGCUGGAUGUUCAACAGAAAAAAUGGCAAGAGGCUAGUCAGCAAAUCCAGACGUUGCAAGCAAGCCAAUCCCUACUGGCAGAAUAUGAACAGAAGAUUAAGGAUCUGGAACAGAAGUUUUCCCAGCAGGAACAUGAUGCUCUAAUUGUCAAGAACAUGAAGGCAGAACUGGCCCGUUUCCCAAAAAUGGAGCGGGAAUUGCGCCAACUCAGGGAGGAAAAUGCCUACUUCAGGGAAAUGAAAGAAAACAACGGAUUGCUUAAAGAGGAGGUAGAAGGUCUCCAAAGAAAACUGGAACGCUAUGAGAAAGUUCAAGCACAGCUAGUCACUGUUGAAUUGGAAAAUGAGAAACUUCUGGCAAAAUUAAAAAGCUGGGAGAAACUGGACCAGAACACUGGCUUGAAUAUCAGGACACCUGAUGAUCUCUCAAGGCAAAUUGUGGCCCUGCAGCAAAGGGAGCUUGUGCUGAAAGAGCAGAACUCUACCGUCACCAACAGUGCCCGAAUACUGGAGAAAGCCCGGCAGCAGCUACAGGAAGAAAUACUACGGAUUCAGAGCCACCUCUUGGAUGAGAAGAAGAAGCGUGAGCAGCACGAAGCACUGGUGAGACGGCUGCAGAAACGUGUACUGCUCCUCACCAAGGAGCGUGAUGGGAUGCGAGCAAUUCUGGAGUCGUACGACAGUGAGCUGACCCCUUCGGAGCACUCACCCCAGCUGAACCGGCGUAUGCGGGAGGCCGAGGAGAUGGUGCAGAAGCUGCAUGCUCACAACACCGAGCUGGAGGCUCAGCUGUCUCAAGUUCUGGAAGAAGUGGGAAAUCAUAAGCAGAGAGCAGAGAUGCUGGAGGUGGAGAUGAAGGUCCUGAAGUCUCAAGAGUGCACAGCUGAGCAAAGUGCCGUCAUCACCAAGGAGGAGGUGGACACACUCAGGCUGAAAAUUGAGGAGCUGGAAGCUGAACGCUGCAAGCUGGAGGAGGAGAACAGAUCUCUGGAAACGAAGCUGGAGAAGCUAACCCUGCAGGGUGACUAUGACCCCAGCAGAACCAAAGUUCUUCAUUUCAGCAUGAACCCAGCGAGCUUGGCCAAGCAGCAGCGCAAGGAGGAGCAGCAGCAGCUCCAGGAGGAGUGUGAAAGGCUGAGGGAGCUGGUGAGGGUGCUCGAAGCAGGCGGCUCCAUCCCGGAGAAUCUGGAAGGAGUUGGGAGUUUUCAGUCACCACAAGAGAUUGCAGAGCUGAAGAAGCAAGUGGAAAGUGCAGAACUGAAAAACCAGCGUCUGAAAGAAGUUUUCCAGACCAAGAUCCAGGAGUUUCGCAAGGUGUGCUACACACUAACGGGGUACCAGAUCGACAUCACGACUGAGAACCAGUAUCGACUCAGCUCCAUUUACGCCGAGCACCAAGGGGACUGCCUGCUCUUUAAGGCCUCCAGCUCCUCCGGUGGAAAAAUGCAGCUUCUGGAAACCGAGUUCUCGCGAACCAUCCGGGAGCUCAUCGAACUCCACCUGCUUCGCCAGGACAGCAUCCCGGCCUUCCUCAGCGCCCUCACCCUCGACCUCUUCAGCCGUCAGACCAUCAUUUAG